AUGCGUGAAGUGCAUUUCACUGGAUUGCAUGUGCACCAUGUCAAGAGCUUGAGAGCUUUCUGGAGUUUGGCUUCUGGCAUGGCAGCUGCUCUGACUGUGCUGCUUCGCAUCGGCUGUGUUGGCUUGGUGUUGGCGUGCAAUGUGGUGAUGUGGACUGUCUUUGCAAAAGCCCUGCGACUCUCCUCCUCCUCGGCUGCUGCCUCUGUGAUGACGACAGCCUCCAACUUCAUCUCUUCGGCCAUCCUGGGCAAGCUUCUCUUUGGGGAGACAUGGACGCCUCUGUGGUGGGUCGGCCUCGCCGUGACGCUCUGCGGCCUCACGCUGCUGCACACAGCUGCUCCCCGGCCGGUGUGGUUCCCAGCGGAGAAGAAAGAGGCAUGA